UUUCAUUUAUUUGAGAUCAUAAAAAAUAAAAAUCUCAAUCUGCCAACGUCCAAACCAGCGAGUAAGAAGAAGAAGAGAUGGAACACUCUGAAGAUGCAUCAUCUGAGAAUAGUAAUUCGAUGAUGGAAAAUGCGGUCUCUUCUUCUUCUUCCUCUUCUAAACUCAGAAAAGGUGGCUUGAGAACCAUGCCUUUCAUCAUAGUAAACGAGUGUUUGGAGAAGGUAGCAAGCUAUGGAAUCAUGCCGAACAUGAUAUUGUACUUGAUAAAUGAAUAUAAACUGGCUGCUGCUGAGGCUACAAAUGUAAUUUACACUUGGUCAGCCAUGUCCAACGUCUUAGCUAUCUUUGGUGCUUUCCUCUCUGAUUCUUAUUUGGGUCGCUUUCGCGUCAUCUUCAUUGGUUCUAUCUCAAGCCUUCUUGGAAUAGCUAGUUUAUGGUUAACUGCCAUGAUCCCAUCGCUACGACCUUGCGAAGCACUCGUCCAAAUCUGCAACUCUGCUUCAGCAGCACAGCUAGCAGUUCUGUUUCUUGCUUUAGGACUAAUUUCUAUUGGAGCUGGUUGUGUCAGACCUUGUUCCAUAGCCUUUGGAGCGGAUCAACUCGCAAUCAAAGAAAACUCGAACAAUGAGAGGCUCUUGGAUAGCUACUUUAAUUGGUAUUAUACCUCAAUAGGAGUUUCAACUAUCAUUGCUUUGAGUGUAAUUGUUUACAUUCAAGAAAACCUGGGAUGGAAAGUUGGCUUUGGAGUGCCUGCAGGACUAAUGUUCAUAUCUGCUCUCAGUUUCAUCAUCGGUUCGCCGUUGUAUAUUAAAGUUAAACCAAGGAGCAGCUUACUUACUAGCUUUAUUCAAGUGGCUGUCGUCGCCAUGAAGAAUCGGAAACUCUCUGUUCCUGAUUCAAACUUUGAUCAGUAUUAUCAAGGCAUUGAUAAAGAGCUGGUGUUUCCAACAGAUAGCCUAAGGUUUUUGAACAAAGCUUGCAUAAUAAGAAACCCAGAGAAUGACUUAAACCCAGAUGGUUCAAUCAAAGAUCCAUGGAGCCUAUGCACGGUAGGACAGGUCGAGUCGCUGAAAUCGUUGCUUCGAGUCCUUCCCAUGUGGACCACCGGCAUCUUCAUGAUGGUUUCCGUGAGCUCCUUCUCCACUCUCCAAGCAAACACCAUGGACAGAAGGUUAUUUGGUAAUUUCAAGAUUCCAGCAGGAUCCUUCAAUGUUGUCAUGAUAAUCACUUUAUCAAUAGUCAUUCCAAUAUACGACCGAAUCAUGGUACCUUUACUAGCAAGAUUCACAGGGCGGCCUAGAGGAUUCAGUUGUAAAGUCCGAAUGGGGAUCGGAUUGUUAUUCAUUUGUGUAGCCAAAGCAACUUCGGCCGUGGUCGAAACCAUGAGACGAAAUACAGCCAUUGAAGAAGGGUUUGCAGACCAACCGGAUGUCAUAAUUGGAAUGUCAGCUUUAUGGCUUGUGCCGGAGUUUGUUCUGCUUGGAUUCGCCGAGGCCUUCUACCCGGUCAGCCUGGUCGAGUUUUUCUACUCUUAUUUCCCAAAAACCAUGUCUAGUUUUGCAAUGGCUUUGUUCACACUUGAUCUAGCUGCUGCUGAUUUAGCUGGCAGCAUUUUGGUGAGCAUUGUGGAUAGUGUUUCCAGUAUGGGAGGGAAUGAGAGUUGGUUAUCAACCAACAUUAACAAGGGUCAUUUGAAUUACUAUUAUGCCCUGCUAACUUGCUUGGGAUUGAUUAACUACCUCUACUUUCUUGCUGUUUGUUGGGCUUAUGGACCUUCUCCUGGUUCAAGAGCCAAGGAAGAUAAUGAACAAUUUGAUUAUAGAGAGUUACCUUCUUCCUAGCUUAAUUCAUGUAGCACAACAAAUAGGUAUUUAUAGUUGCACCCACUUGAUUUUAAAGAGUUUGUAAGUUUGAUGGUGGAAAGAGGAAAACAUAGUUGAUAGAUAUAGAGAAGCUAUUAUAUUAUACUGUAGAGGGAAAUGUAGUAUUCACAAGAUUUGUAUAAAUCUUUGUGUAUUUUUACACAGAUAUGGGAGGGAAAACAGAAAUUAUGUGCUACUCAUAUAUCUUUUUCAAUUCUGCUUAGCUCCCUGUGACUCUGUUCAUAUCAAUAAUAAAUGCAGUUAUAAAAUAA